UAAUAAUCCCCACUAUCCCAAGAAUCACAAGCCAACUAGCCCCCACUCACUGCCUGGUUGUCUCACCAUUUUCCUUAGAUUCACUCCAACUCUCUCUUUGUCUUCAUCUCCCCAUAGCCUUGAAGGUGUUGAUCGCCAGGAAUCUUUUGUAUACAGACAGCACAGACAUGCAGAUCAUUCAAUGGCUCUUCAAGGUAACACAUGAACAACCCAAAGACACCUCUUCAAGGCUUACCAACAAGAAGGAAAGCAGUAGUGAUGAGGAAGCUAAAUCAAGGGGUGUAGUUCUGUUUAGGAAUGAAGGGGUUAACACCAAAAGAUUGAAAAGAGUGAAAGGACGGGACUUGGGUUACAACGAUUCAGAGUCUUAUGCUAUACUGUUUAGAAGAGACCGCGCAAGGGCCUGCUUCUAUCACACGCUCAAUUUGAGAAGACUGGGAAGUUUUCAUAAAAGGAAACCAAUGAAGAUGAAGAAAGAAGAUAUUGCUCGAGGAUUAGGCAUUGGUCUCAAGGGGGAUUCAGCUGCCCAUGUUGGAAAUAAGGUUCUGCCAAUUAGUGACACAACCUUAUCAUCCUCAACUAAUACAAAUGAACAGUGGGGCACUUCUGAAAAGAAAGAGAGGAUUAAGGGAGAUAAAACCAAAGCCAUUUCUAGAAUGAAGGAGCUUUUUAGAUGGGCUGCUGCUACCAAGUCUGAGAAGGGAGGAAAGUUCAUCGGUAGAAAGGUGCUACACUUUCGCAAUCGAGGAAGCCUCAAACCAGUACCAGAUGAUGACCAACUUAGCAAUGACUCUCCCAAGAUCAGUUUCAGAUGGGAAGUGGAAAGCUGCUGCACCACUUCCUCUGCUUACUCUGCAAUUUCAAUGGCUUCCUCUUUCUUGAAUGACCAGCCUGGGAACAAGCAGUCUAUCAGUACUACAAUUGAGGACAGUGAUCAUUGCACUUCUAGAGCAGGAAACUGGAUCACCACAGACUCUGAAUUUGUGGUGCUAGAGCUCUGAGGAAAAUGACUGACAAAAGGGAGAUUGCAUGGCUGAAUCAACUGCUUAGCCAUUGUAUUAGGAUUAAUCCUAAUUGGGUGUUUGCUCACUUGUAAUUUUUUUUCCUCCUGAAAUGUAACAUCAGUUCAAGAAUCUGGAACAUGUUGUAUUCAAUGAACAUGGCCUACAUGGGCUAACCUAACCAAUCUUCCCUAUUCAUCAGUAAAAGAAUGUUGGCCGUUCCUCUCCCCCAUAAAUGAUAUCAUUGAUGACUUA